UUGUGUGCAGCCUCAGACGGAGCUCUCUCCUCUAGCGGAUCGGUGUACCCGCUAUUAGCCCUCUCCUCCCCGGUAAUUAGCCCAGCUGUGUUCCGUUACUCUGCGCCAGCAUGUCGUCCAGCACACCGGAGCAGAACCAGGACCAGAACCUGGAGCCUAAACAAGAGCCGGAUCAGGACCAGGAGCCGAAACCGGAGACUAACCAGGCGGUGAAGGAGGAGAAGGCCGAGGAGACCGAGAAGAAAAAAGAGGAGCCGAAGGAGGAAACGAAGGAGGCGAAGAAAGAGGAAACGAAGGAGGCGAAGAAAGAGGAAACGAAGGAGGCGAAGAAAGAGGAAACGAAGGAGGCGAAGAAAGAGGAGAAUAAGCCGAAGGAUGGACCGAAGGGAGAACCAAAGGGGACCUGGAGGGACAGCAUUUACAACCCGCGGACCGGGGAGUUCAUGGGCCGGACCGCGCGCAGCUGGGGUCUCAUCCUUCUCUUCUACUUCGUCUUCUAUGCGUUUCUGGCGGGGAUGUUUUGUCUUACCAUGUGGGUGAUGUUACAAACUCUGGAUGAAAACAUCCCGACCUAUCAGGACCGAGUGCCCAGUCCAGGUUUGGUGAUUCGUCCUCAUGCAGCUGAAAUCUCCUUCAACCGCAGUGACCCUACAAACUACAACCAGUACACCCAACACCUGCACAACUUCCUGCAGAAUUAUAACGACAGUGUUCAGGAGCGUAACGACCUGUGUCUGGUGGGCGAAUACACGGAUCAGGACGCCGAGCCGGUGAAAAAGGUUUGCCAGUUCAAACGCAGUCUGUUACGCCAGUGCUCAGGUCUGUCGGACAGCAGCUUUGGAUAUGCCGAGGGGAAACCCUGCAUCAUCAUCAAGAUGAACCGGGUCAUCGGACUGAAACCCCAAGGAGACCCUUUCAUCAACUGUACCGCCAAGAGAAACAGUCCGCUACAGAUUAGGUAUUUCCCAUCUGAAGGACGCCUGGACAAGAUGUUCUUCCCCUACUAUGGCAAGAACACUCACGCGGACUACGUGCAGCCUCUGGUCGCAGUGCAGCUGUUGCUAUCGAAAGAAGACCUGAACGUGGAGCAGACGGUGGAGUGUAGAGUGGAGGGUUCAAACCUGCGUAACAACGAUGAGCGGGACAAGGCUCUAGGUCGGGUCACUUUCCGGGUCUUGGUGUCCGAGUAACCGAACCAGCCAGUUAUCCUGGAUCCACAAACUAAUUUAAACUGUGAAUGAAUCACUCUGUAAUCCAGACCUGAUCCAAUCCUGGACACCUGAAUCUGCUUCAACCUGUAUGAGGUCACCUGAACCACUG